CUUAAAUUCCAACUCUCAUUAAUAGCGCUUGAAAACACGCCAUGUUGGGGAAGGAACGAGUGGCUAGGUUAUUGUGGUUUAGACUGUAGAGCUAUUGGUUUAGCGUGGAAUGAGCUUAUAAAAUGGGGGGGUAUGGAUGGUUAUUUUCUCUCCUUCUUGGGUCACAGACGAUGACGGAUAUUGGGAAUACUCUCAUAUUUCACACAACACCCGCACAUUUAAGAUGUCUUCUCUCAACGACCAAACGAACAACCUCGGCAGCGGCUUAACAUCCCUCACAUUUGCAGAGUUCACCUGGGACAACGGAAACGGAGGAUACAAAAUGAUAUCCUCCUCCAACCUCGGCAAACUCUACCACUACAUGCGAACCCACUACCCAGGCGACAAUGUCUCCCCCCCCGAGAUUAUGGGUGGAUUCCUUGGGAAUCUGGAGAUACAGCUUGAGAUUGGCGGUGAUCACGUUGAGGAUCUCCGGCUUUAUCAUAUCCCCAAGACCUAUACGCUUUGGAAACUAAUGCGGGAGGGGUUUCCGGAUGCGCUGGCUGUGAGUUUCAUCGAUAACGAGAUCUUUGUUGAGUUGCCGGAGCUGUCUAGAUAUGAGCAUGCGGAAAGGUUGAAGAGGUGUCCCGGGUGGUUUGCGCAUGAGGGGCCGAAGUUGUUUUAUUAUAAUGGGAUUAGGAUUAAGACGCAGCGGAGUAAGGAGGUGGGACGGCUGGGGAGGCAGGGUCGAGAGGGGAAGUUGCUUGGGAGUGAUAUGUUGAGGAUGGAUGAUGUUUAUAUGGUUGAUGACGAUGCUAUGGGGUACCAUACGGCUAUGUUAUGUAAAGGCAUAACGGUCAUUUCUCAACCCGACCAAGACAAAGUUGCCAUGGAAAUCUUCGCAAUGAGUGAUCCUGUGGCGUAUGGGGAGCCUAGUAUCCGUGCCGGGUGUUGUGGGUCGGCUUUGGUUCGGAUGGAUAGGAGUACAGAGGCUGAAGGAGGACUACUUGAGAAGGGCGGGGAGAUUGGGUUGUUUAUUGUGGGAUCGAAGUUUGGGGAGGGGAAGGGGGCUGAUGAUUUCCCGAGGGUGCUUUGUUUUGCGGAGGCUAAUGAUAGGGUUAUUGAGGCUGGACUGGAGGUUGAAUAG